AUGCACUCUCCCAAGAAAAAAUAAACCUCUCUAGCAAUACACAAAUCUGAGCAUGUGCAGAGUGACUCCACACAAAAUGUCGUAUCAGGAGAUAAGAGGGGGACACUGGAAGAAGGGGAGGAUCAGAGAAGACAGGAUCAAAGAGUGUAGUUACACAAUGCAGAGGAUUAACCCCUUAGGUUCCACAGUGAGUAAAACAAGCAUGCUUUACUGCCAGGGGCGGACUGACCAUUUAGAAACUCGGGCACUGCCCGAGGGCCCGGGGUCAGUAGGGGGCCCCAUGAGAUGCCCCUGGUACCUU